UAUUUGUUGUUCAUUCAUUCAUCUAGUAUUGUUGGAUCGUCUAUUUACAAGCUGGCUUAGAAAAGUAUGGAAUUAAUGGUGUAGUAAUAUUAUUGUUGUUGUUUUUUUCUAAAAUUGUUAUUGUGUCUAUUUUGGUGUGUGAAGAAUAAGUAAACGAUUUGAAGAACAAGCAACCGACCGACUAUUGAAAAUUGUAUAUUUUAUUACUUUUGUUGUUAUUGCUGCUGCUGCUUCUUGUAUUGAAGGCGGCUAUAAUAACGUUGUUUGGUUACAGGCAGGCAGGCAGGCAGGCUGGCAUAAAGACACGUCGACAAGAUUCUGCAUGAAAAUAAAUGACACUUUCUUUGUCGUGGUUAAAUCUUCGAUUGAAGUGAGUUCCAAAUAUUAUUUUACUUCCAAUUGCGUGAGGAAAAUUAGAGUACAGUGAAAAAUGCGUAUCAGCAAUAUACGCAGCGGACGCAUGUGCCGUUUGGCCCUAGUGUGUAUGGUCAUUUUGCCACUGCUGUAUUUGUUAACCACUUGGAGCGAUAGCCACAAGCGUGUGCAAGAAGCAUAUCAAGCUAAGUUCGGUUCUGGCCGUCGUAGUUAUCAGCGUCUUGAGGGUAGACCCAAAGAAGUACCCGUUUUAGUAGAAGGUUUAGGCAACUUUGAGCCCCAACAUUUAGAAGAUCGUGUAGGGCCGGGUGAAAAUGGCGAAGCUUAUCAUUUGCCGGCCCACAAGAAAAAUGAAGCUGAUGAAUCAGAAAUGGAAUAUGGCAUGAAUAUAGCCUGUUCCGAUGAAAUCUCUAUGCAUCGCAGUGUGCGUGAUACCCGUCUGGAGGAGUGUAGACAUUGGAAUUAUCCCUAUGAUUUACCCAAGACUAGUGUUAUAAUAGUUUUUCAUAAUGAAGGAUUUUCCGUGCUAAUGCGUACCGUCCAUUCUGUUAUAGAUCGUUCACCUAAGCAUGUUUUACAUGAAAUUGUUUUGGUCGAUGAUUAUUCGGACAAAAAGGAUCUUAAGGAAAAAUUGGAUGAAUAUAUUGAACAGUUUAAUGGUUUGGUAAAAUUAGUACGCAACAAGGAGAGAGAAGGUUUAAUACGUACAAGAUCUAGAGGUGCUUCGGUGGCAACAGGUGAAGUCAUAGUCUUCCUAGAUGCCCAUUGUGAGGUCAACAUUAACUGGCUGCCACCACUAUUGGCUCCUAUUUAUCGCGAUCGUACCGUAAUGACAGUGCCCAUUAUUGAUGGCAUUGAUUAUAAGACCUUCGAAUAUCGCUCUGUAUACGGUAGUGAAAAUCAUUUCCGUGGUAUUUUCGAAUGGGGCAUGUUGUACAAGGAGAAUGAAGUGCCAAAGCGUGAACAACGUCGUAGACAACACAAUUCUGAACCCUAUCGCAGUCCCACUCAUGCUGGUGGAUUGUUUGCCAUUAAUCGUGAAUAUUUCUUAGAAUUGGGAGCGUAUGAUCCUGGUCUUUUAGUGUGGGGUGGUGAGAAUUUCGAAUUAAGUUUUAAAAUUUGGCAGUGUGGUGGCAGUAUUGAAUGGGUGCCUUGUUCACAUGUGGGUCAUGUAUAUCGUGGUUUUAUGCCUUACAAUUUCGGCAAAUUGGCACAGAAAAAGAAGGGUCCCUUAAUAACUAUCAAUUAUAAGCGUGUCAUUGAGACUUGGUUUGAUGAAACACACAAGGAGUAUUUCUAUACUAGAGAGCCUUUGGCUAGAUUUUUGGAUAUGGGUGAUAUUUCGGAACAGUUGGCAUUAAAGAAACGUUUAAAUUGUAAAUCAUUCCAAUGGUAUAUGGAUAAUAUAGCUUAUGACGUUUAUGACAAGUUCCCCGCUUUACCAGCCAAUUUACAUUGGGGUGAAUUGCGUUCGGUAGCCUCCGAUAAUUGUCUCGAUUCGAUGGGCAAUCAACCGCCAGCUAUAAUGGGCCUGUCACAUUGCCAUGGUGGUGGUAAUAAUCAACUAAUAAGACUUAAUGCGGCUGGUCAAUUGGGCGUAGGAGAACGCUGUGUAGAAGCCGAUCGUCAAGGUAUAAAAUUGGCUGUUUGUCGUUUGGGUACCGUAGAUGGACCCUGGAGUUAUAAUGAACAGACAAAACAUUUACUGCAUCGUGCCCAUAAGAAAUGUAUGGCCUUACAUCCCACCACUCAACAGCUAUUUUUAGCACACUGUGAUGUUAAUGAUGGCUAUCAACAGUGGUAUUUUAAGCCCAUUAAACCCAGAUAUUAGACAAUCAAAACAUGGCGAAAUGUGAACACUAACUAAAUGAACGAACGAAUGUAUGAGUGAAUGAUGGAAUGCAACAUAUUAAGGAGACCUAUAACAAAAAGAUACACACACAAAUUUAUAAGCAAUAUAUUUAUUAGAAAAUUAGAGAAAAAAGGCAGAGAAAACAAAACUAAGUUAGAAGGAAACUAACGCUACUUAAUGCGGUAUGUGAAUGUAGAGAACAAAGUGGGUUUCAAAAAUGAAUCUAUAGUUUUU